AACCAUCAGUUCCUUUCACACUCUCCUCCUCUUCUUGAAGUUUCUCUGCACCCACCCAGAAAAUAAUAAUCAUAACCCUCUCUCUCUCUCUCUCUCUCUCUCUCUCUCUCUCUCUCUCUCUCUCCAAAGCCAUCAUCUAUCUUUCUCUCUCUGUAUCUGCCAUGGAUUCAGGCAACAGUAGUAGCAUGCAAUCCUCAAGCGGUGGUGGAGACCAAGAAGAGUACGAGUCACGCGCUGAUCAAUCAAUAUCUGCUUUAUUCAACAACAACAACUCAACCACCGUCUCCUCCAACAUCGCCGGUCAAACACAGCUUGACUCUCUCAUAGCUAACUAUUUCAACACCGGUUGGUCAACAUACAAUCCUCUCUUGGCAGCAACGACUACAAAACCCACUGAUGGCUCUACACCACCACCACCACUACCACCACCUAUCUCGGCAGAACAAGCCUUCUUCACAAACCCACUUCAACAAAAUCUGAGAGCAGUUUCAAACACAAACACAACUAGUCCCAUAUGUUCUGUCCCUACCGACAAGAAAAACGGUCUGGCCACAGCACGGAAUCUAAAGAAGAGAUCUAGAGUUUCGAGACGAGCGCCUACGACUGUUUUGACCACCGACACUUCAAACUUCAGAGCCAUGGUUCAAGAGUUCACUGGUAGUCCUUCUACUCCUUUCACCGGAUCACUAUCAUCUUCGUUUCCAAGAUCAAGAUUUGAUCUCUUCAGUCCUUCUUCAUCUUCACGACCCUUGAAACCUUUUCCUCACAAACUUAUCCCACCAUCAUCAACGAGUCACCAAUACCUAAAUCCUCCUUCUACAAAUUAUCACCAGAGUCUUCUCCGUAACACGAACACGCAAAACAUCGCAAACCAUUUUCUUAUCAACCAAUCUCCUAGCAACGUCCCUUUGAUGGAUCAGUCGUUGAGUUUGAGAACAAGUAAUGGUGUUGGACACGUGGACGUGGGAACAAACUUUGAGGGGCUUCACAGCAUUAUCGCCUCUUCGUCGUCAUCCAUGACGCAGCCAACCCUAAAUACUAUGCAUGGAUUAGACAUGGUACCGGCGCAAAGAUCUGAUGGUUACACAACACCGGUUGCUUCUGGAACGGAGAAUAAUUUAGGAGUUGUGAGAAAUGAAGGAUAUAAAAAUCGCAUUUGUAAACAAGAGUUCCUGCGGUCACUACUUUUCAAAGUGGCCUUCGUGUGUGAGAAAUCAUAGCUUGCUUGGGAUGGCUUCUUCAAAAUCUGAUCGAGUUGAUGAUGAUAAUAAUGAUUCAAUGGGGACAAAAUACAAAUCCACAUGAUGCAAUGCUUCUAUCACAUCCACCUUUUAUUUUAUUUUGCUUCUGAUAAACCAUCUUAAAGCUACAACAUUAUGCUCUGGGUCUGAAUGCUAGAUUUCGGCGUCCUAAUACGAAAUAAGCCCAUUUGAUGAUC